AAGCAGGUCGCCACGAGCUGGCACGCGCCACUCUCGUCCCAGAGUAAAUAAGGGACCGAGUGCGACUCUCCGGAGCACCGUAAAUAGUGUCCGAGUGGGCGGGGAGCCGCCCGGCACCGCCUGCUCAUGUCGCUGCAGAGCCAAGUGUCCGGCCGCCUGGCACAGCUGCGCGCGGCGGGGCAGCUGCUGGUCGCCCCGCGCCCCUGGCCCGGCCGCUCGGCGGGUGGCCCGCGGCCCCGCGGCAGUGCUUGCGGUCCUCUGGUGGCUCUGGGCGCGCACGGCUACUGCGCGUGGCUCUCGGCGGGAGUUGGGGCUUGGGGGGCGGCGGGCCGUGGAGCCCGGGUGCGCACCUGGGCCCCCCUAGCCAUGGCCGCGAAGGUGGACCUGACCACCUCCACCGACUGGAAGGAGGCCAAAUCCUUUUUGAAGGGCCUGAGUGACAAGCAGAGGGAGGAGCACUACUUCUGCAAGGAUUUCAUUAAGCUGAAGAAGAUCCCCACAUGGAAGGAGACAGCGAAAGGGGUGGCUGCAAAGGUAGAGGACCCCAAGUAUAAGAAGGACAAACAGCUGAAUGAGAAAAUCUCCCUGUUCCGCGGGGACAUCACCAAGCUGGAGGUGGAUGCCAUUGUCAACGCUGCCAACAGCUCCCUGCUUGGAGGCGGAGGAGUGGACGGCUGCAUUCACCGGGCAGCGGGACCCCUGCUCACUGACGAGUGCCGCACCCUGCAGAACUGUGAGACCGGAAAAGCCAAGAUCACGUGCGGCUAUCGGCUGCCGGCCAAGUAUGUCAUCCACACGGUGGGGCCCAUCGCCGCGGGCGAGCCCACUGCCAGCCAGGCAGCCGAGCUCCGCAGCUGCUACUUGAGCAGCCUGGACCUGGUGCUGGAGCACCGGCUGCGCUCCGUGGCUUUUCCGUGCAUCUCCACAGGCGUGUUCGGCUACCCCAACGAAGGGGCUGCGGAGGUAGUGCUGGCUGCGCUGCGGGAGUGGUUGGAGCAGCACAAGGACAAGGUGGACCGGCUCAUCAUCUGUGUGUUCCUGGAGAAGGAUGAGGGCAUUUACCGAGAGCGCCUGCCCCAUUAUUUCCCAGCAGCCUGACUCCCACAGCCCGCCCCGAACAGGACUGACCCACCUGGGCCUGUGGGACCUCGCUCCCAGCUCUGAGAAGUCUCGGAAGCGGACAGCUUGUUCCAGCCUGGCCACCACGGGGUUCUGUCCUUUCCCUCGUAUGUCCUGCCCUGCCUUUCAGAAGCCUAAUAAAGCUGUCUGAUUCA